UGAAACUUCAUGAAGGGGCCGAUGAGCUGAAGGGUUUGGGGACCCCUGGUCUGGCAUUACUAACUAAGCCGUAAGCUGUAGCUGACAUACCACCAUAGCUGGUUUCGUAUAACACGCCAAGUUAAAACUAAGCAACGCUCCUCCUGCAAUAGGUGAGCCAAGUUAUGCUAAUCAUGGGUGCCUGUUGGCUUCAUGUUCCGUCUUUCGAGCUCUUGCGAAUUAGGAAAUGUUGUUUUCCUUUAGAGAGAAGCCACCAUGGCUACCGAAAGCCUCCUUGAGGAGUUCUUUGAGGUUCUGAGGUGCUCCCUCUGCCUGAGGUCCUUCACUGACCCCGUGAUGUUGGACUGCGGGCACAACUUCUGCAGAGCCUGUGUCCUCCACCACUGGGAGGAAUCUGGCCUGGCUUCCAGCUGUCCCGAGUGUCAAAAGGUCCUUUUGCAAAGAGGCGGCCAACCCAACCGGCCACUGGCCAAGGUGGCCCAGCUGGCCAAGAAGCUCUGGGAGCAGAGGAGAGCUGGGAAGAGGGAGGUGUGCCAGAGGCAUUGGAAGCCCCUGGAGCACAUCUGCCAGGAUGACCAAGCCUUGCUCUGUGUGGUCUGCAAGCGGAUGAAGGCGCAUAAGGGGCAUGUGGUAGAACCGCUGGAACGGGUGGCCCGGGCGCUCAAGGAGAAGACGGGGGCCCAGCUGAAGGCCAUGGAAGAAGGAAGAAAGGAAAGGCAUCAAGAGUAGGAUCCGCCCAGUGCCUGGAAAAGUGAUUCUGGAUCCAGACGCAGAGCAGGACCCCAGAAUUCUGCCCAAGCUUUCUACACAUGUGCAGCAAAAGUGGGGUGGGGUAGUGGAGGGCAGGGGAGGGAAUGAAUGUAAAGUGAACACCAGGGACCUUUUGCUCUUGCUGGACACAAGAGAAAUCUGCUUCCAGAGGAUGCUAAUGGGGGUGGGGGUGGGGGUGGGGCGUUGAGAGACGUUCAGUGCACUUUUUUAAUAUGAGAGGGUGGCGGGUUCCCCCUUCUAUGACGUGUCUUCAUUUUUAUCCCUGAAUGGAGGGUGGUCUUGGGCAUUAAAGCUUCACACUGAAUUGCUGAGUGGUCCUUCAAAGGUCUGGAUUUCUUAUCUGCACCUCAAGGAGUUUAGGGUUUCCUUUUUGUCCAGGGGUUGGGAGCGUAACUCUCAGUUUGUUUUUUAAUGUUGAUGCGCAGCGUCUUGCCUCCUGCCCUGCUUCCCUAAAAAUCAGCUGCUGCUUCAGUUCUUUGCAAAACUUCCUUGGGGAGCAGAGAACCAGUUCUGGGUCCCCCAAGAGGUCUGUUUGGUUCCUGGUUCAUUUGAGUGAAUUAAGGGGUAUAAUACCUCCUCCUUGGGGGUCUUUGCGUUCUCUCUUCCCUUGCCAGACUUUUUGCGACAACUGGGGUGUUGUUUGGUGGGGAGAUGGUUCUCGGAGGCUUUAAAAUAGCCACAUCAUCACCCAAGCCUGAUUUUAUUGAAAUAAGCUUUAAAAAAUGGCUGUCUUUUGAAGGGAGAGCCCAUGUCAAUGUUUCUGUCUCUCUCCUGUGAGCAAAUCACUUUCUACACCUUAUCUACCCCAAUGCUCUGGCUCCAGGGAAUUUUAUAUUCCAGGAGGGCCUCUCGCUUCUGAUGGUGAACAAGCUGAAAAGUACCGUGGGUGGAGGGGAAGGCUUGCCCGGGCUCUGUGCCCUGCUUGGGCAAGAAAGAGGGCAGCGGUUGCUCUGCUGGUGUGCUUCCACACUCAGUGUGCAAAAGGGCCGCUUGUUAUCCCCCCCCUCCACUGGACGCUGUCCAGAUUGUCAUAGGAACAUAGUAACUGCAGUUCCUAUCUUUUAAAAAACUUCCUUCCUGUUUUCAGUAUGUUCGGUGUUGUUGCCCUGAGUAAAACUUUCAGCUCUGUUCUUAUUUCUCCAAACAUUUUUACUAAAAAAAAAAAGAGAGAGACCAAAAGUGGGUAGAUUUACACUUCCUGCUCAUCUAAGUUUUGUUUAAAUGUAUUUUAUUGAAUGAUCAGCAAUUGGCUGGAACUAUUCAACCUGCUGAGGGGAAAAGCCUUGGAAACCAGCCUGUGAACCUAAGAUCAAAUAAUCUACAUCAGUGUUUCUAAAC